AUGGAUAUUGUGAUACAAGUUAAUAACCAAUCUAAUGGAAGAGAUAAACUGGCCAGGUUGUUCCAAUACACAAGCAGGCUUUUGUGGCAUCAGCUUGAAUCUAGAAAUGCAAAUAAAUAUUCAAUUGACAGAAUAAAAAGUCUAGAAAAUGCUAUGAGUUCAUUCAGAAAAGUUCUCCGAAUGGGCAGAUGUAUUGAUAUUUGCUACAUGGCACUGAAUACAAUGCACAUAGAAGAUCCAUUCCUAAGAAUGUCGCUGACUGUGAGCAAAAUAGCUCAUGCACUGUUCUUGUAUGCCGACCAUGUAGUCUGGCUAGCAAAGAGCGGUUUUCUAAAGACAGAUUCAGAUAAGUGGAGCAAAACUGCAAAUAGGUUCUGGCUGUUAUCAAUCAUUGCAAAUUUAGCAAGAGAUAUUUAUGAGAUAUUACAUCUAUUAGAAGUCAAUCACACAUCAUUGCUUAAAACCUCAGAAUUGUUGGGAUGUUCUGUUAAACAUUUUGAUUUGCAGAGGAGCUUGAAACAUGUGUACACAAUUAUACACUGCCAUAGAGAUAUCUUUAUAGAUACGUUGAAAAAUUCUUGUGACUUAUUCAUUCCCUUGACUGCUUUGGGAUUUACGAGGUUAAAUCCCAGUGCAGUUGGUGCUUUAGGAGCUAUUUCAUCAUUAGCGGCAUUAGUAACAGUAAUUAAACCUAUAACAAAAUUGGUUCCAGCGUAA